UACAAUGGGUUAUACCGGUUUUUUGAAGAUUUACUAACCCCGACCCGAAUCCGAUAGAACCCGAACCGAUUCCGAACCGAACUUUUAUAUAAUCCGAAUGGGGUUGAUUUUGAUAAACCCGAAAAACCAAAACCCGAAUGGAUAAAACCGAAACCCGAUUGGGACCCCGAAUGCCCAUGCCUAGCACGAGUAAAAGCUAAAAGUCUUCACACUUUAAGAGAUUUCUUGUAAGAAAAAAAAGCUAAAUCUUCACACUAAUUAGGGGUAAGACAUAGUGAAAGUUGGUAGACUUUAAGAGAUUUCUUGUUAAAUUUAUACGCAUAUGUGUUGUAAUUAUUUGUAACGACUCAAAAAUAAAGUGGGUAAGUUUUCGAAGACAUCGCAACACAAAAAAUCCGUAAACCAAUCCGACUUUCCAUAAGAUCAAAAUGGGGUUUAUGAAAAAUGAAUCACAACUUAAGUAAAGUCAACGGAGGUUAAAUCCACCCUGUCCCUCUUGUUUGCUCCUUUGGAAAAACAAAAGUCAACCAUUAUUUUAUAUGCUUGCUUUGUAGGUUUGUGUAUGUCAAUUCUUUUUUGUAAAAAAGGGUCAACUUCUCUGUGCAAAAACUUUUGAUAGCCAGAUAAUUAAAAAAUAGAUCAACGAGAAAAGAGAUUUUUGUUUUUGUUUUAAGAACUAUGGCAUAUAUAUGCGUUGACACCUCAGACAUGUGUAGAUGAAUAAGCUCAUUUUUGUAUCAGUAUAUGUAAGUGUACUAUAGGUGAAUUUAAUUGGUUAAAUUGUAAGUGUUUAUGGUUAAAUUAACAAGUCGGAAUUCAAACUAAAUAAAGAUGAUAUGAAAAAUCUGAAUCUAAUACUGGAGUUUUCACUUUAUUAUAUUUGUAUAGUUAAAUAAAAGAAUAUAAUAAGAAGUAGGAUAUAUAAAACAUCAUAAAAAUCGAAGCAAAUUAACUAAAACGUAGGAUUAGAACUAGGCUGGUUUUCAAGUGUAGCAGUUUCCUGGGUUACUUUUUGACUCCCCAAAGCUAUAUAAAUCGAUAUUAACGUUCCGUUCCAUAUGAUUAGAAUUUUCAUAUACUAAUAUUGUUAUAAGUUAUGACAAACUUAAAUUCUACAUACGAUGUGUCAUUAAUUAGCCAAAAAUUAUAACACUUGUAGAAACGCUACAGUUAGACAAGAAUAACAGUUGUGAAAGAAAUAUACUUAUACUGAUUGAUAUACCCUUGUAUUAAAAUAUAAACAGCACCAUAAUUAAUUAGUUUUCUACAAGAACUAUAGGAAAUUCCAAAUCCCACAAACCAUAGAAAAACAAACAUGCCGACAAUUAACACUUUUACACUCUCCUCUAAAUAAAAUCCAAUUUGGUGACCAAAGAUAUAUAUAUGGCUAGCUCACGCAACCAAUGCUUAGGGUACUUAAAUAAUGUAUAUGGUAUUUUAUAACACUAUGAUUUAUAUUUCUCGUCAGUUGGUUGGUUGAUCACAAAUCACUCGUAAAAUAUAACUAAAAUGUUCUCAUGUAAAUAAUAUGAUAUGUACACUCAAAACGUUAUUUUAAUCAAGUUGUAUGUGUCAUGGAGGGCAGGUCCACCGCUGUUUCGUCCAACACCUUCUUUACCAUUUUGAUAUUCACCUGUGUUGUUAAUUAAAUGUUUUUGACUAACCAACAAUCCUAUAAUUUUAAAUUUACAUAACUACCUAUAUAUAUAAUCACCAACCGCCUCAUAGGGAUAAUUAUUCCACGGCAUACCAAUUAUUUUUGUUUAAACUAUACAUCUCAGAAAAAGGAUCAAAUAUUUUCUCAAAGAAUCCAUGGAGGUUACUCAAUAUCAUCAAAGUUUUAAUGAAGGUUCGAGUUCUAGGGUUUCCAUGAACAAGAACUCACAAGUAAUAUCCAAGAUCAAGCCCAAGAUUCGCAUCAUCCACAUAUUCGCUCCUGAGGUCAUCAAGACUGACGUCAAGAAUUUUCGUUCACUCGUCCAAAGUCUAACCGGAAAACCCACAGCCGGAGAAGUCAAAACCGAUAAAAAGAGAGCCAACUCGAGAGUUUCGACGUCUCAAGAACCGGUUUGCAGAGAUCAUCAGCCGGUUAAUCGGCUAACGGGUUUCACAGGUUUAUUAGCAAACGGAGGAAACCAUCAGGUGAAAGAAGAAUGGGGAUCUGGUGAUCAUAAGCGUACUUCCAACACAAACACUUACUUUGACCUAGAAGGUUUGAUUCAAGAUGUAGGAGAAGAUUACUUCUCUUCGUUUCCCGUGAGAUCUUCUUCUUCUUCACAAGUGGAAGGUUUCAUCUUCAACAACAACCACAACACCAACAACAACUUCGAUACAAAGGAUCUAAUCGUUUGAGGCAUGAAAUCAAACGAAGAAGGUUAUGCUUUUUAGGAACAAAGGCAUAGAAGUUGUAUUUUGAUUUUGAUGGGUACGUACGAUGACAAACUGGACUUUUUUGGUAGACUGACUUUGCCAAGGUUGGGGGUUGUAAUGAAAAGUUUGAUUUAUGUGCAGCCCUUCCCGGAGAAGUAACUGUAUCUAAUUAAGUGGUGAUCUUCGGUCCAAGAACCCUAGCUGUUUUGAUAUGUAACUUCAUUCAUGUGCUACUAUAUAUUGGAUGUGUAAUAAAAAAUUCUUUGGUGCGUGUAUAUGAUUUGAUUAUCAGCUGUAUUUUUUUGGAGGACAGUUUUUAUGGUACUUAGAAGAUUGACUAAAAUAGUUUUUACAGUA